ACGACGUAACCGCAAAUGCCUAUUAAAGCGAGCCGGCAUGACGCUGACCGUCCUUUUGCAUCCGCAGGCCUAGCGGCCGCUCUAUUCCUCAACUCGCUCUAUGGUGGGGCGGAACUGAGGAGUGACGCGCUGCCGCGACUGCUUGCCUGCCGGGCGGGUCCCGUGAUGGCUGGCGGUGGCGCCGCUGCCGCGGUCGCUCUGUCACUGACUGCGCUCCCGACUGGUGCCCUAGGCCCGGCUCUCGGACGAGGACGCGCCGUCGCCAUGGCCGAGGACGAGAACCCGGAGUCCCCCAGCGAAGGGUCAGGAUGGCUAUCCAAUUGGCUGCCUGCUUGGUGUCCUACAUCACUGGUACAUCUUAAAGAUGCUGAAGAGAAAAUUUUGAAAUGUAUCACAAGUCCAUACAGUAAACAAUAUGUCUUCAUAUCCAAUGGAAAUAAAAUAUGGACGCUAACAUUCUCGCAGAACCUCUCACAGAAAACUCCACUUGUUCUUCUCCAUGGGUUUGGAGGAGGUGUUGGACUUUGGGCACUGAACUUUGAAGAUCUUUGUGAAAAUAGGACUGUGUAUGCAUUUGAUCUCUUGGGAUUUGGACGCAGUAGUAGACCACAGUUUGACACUGAUGCAGAAAUAGCAGAAAACCAAUUUGUAGAUUCGAUUGAAGAAUGGAGGCGGAAAAUGGGCUUGGACAGAAUGAUUUUACUUGGACACAACCUGGGUGGAUUCCUGGGAGCUGCUUACUCACUGAAGUACCCAUCAAGAGCAAAACAUCUUAUAUUAGUGGAGCCAUGGGGUUUUCCAGAGAGGCCUUCCAGUGCUGAACAUGAGAGGUCCAUUCCAAUCUGGAUCAAAGCACUUGGAGCAGUUUUGAGUCCAUUUAAUCCAUUGGCUGGUCUCAGACUAGCAGGACCCUUUGGAUUGGGCCUCGUACAGCGUAUUCGACCUGAUUUCAAGCGAAAGUACUCAUCCAUGUUUGAUGAUGAUACAGUCACUGAAUACAUCUACCAUUGUAACGUGCAGACACCAAGUGGCGAAACAGCUUUCAAGAACAUGACAGUUCCAUAUGGAUGGGCAAAAAGGCCAAUGCUACAGCGGAUUGCCCAUAUGAACCAAGUCAUUCCUAUCACUGUGAUUUAUGGGGCACGAUCAUGCAUAGAUGGCAAUUCUGGGACCACCAUCCAGUCUCUACGACCAAAUUCAUAUGUGAAAACAAUAGCUAUCCUUGGUGCAGGUCAUUAUGUGUAUGCUGAUCAACCUGAAGAUUUCAACCAGAAAGUUAAAGAGAUCUGCAGUUCUAUGGACUGACAUCAUUCUAUUCUUGAGAAAAUCCAGUCAUGGACACAAUUCAGAGCAAUACUUUGUAGUACAUUAUAAAAGUUAAGGAAUACAGCAGUUUAGAAACAAACAUAGAUUUUGUUUGCACCAUUUCUUUCAAAAUGUUUGCACACUUUAAACCAUACAGUGCCUUUUGCUGGAAUGGGGAGAUAACACUUUGUACAUUUUAGUUUGAUUCUGUUCUUUGUAUAUUUAGAUAAGGUGCUUGUCUCUAUAUAUACAUAUAUUAAACACAACAUUUUAAAACUGGAUUUUUUUAUUUUAAAGAAUGUAGAGCUUUUAAAAUUGUGCUCUCUACGUACAGGAAGAAUUUCAGUAUUCAUCAUUCUUAUUAAAAUACUUAGUAAAGUUGUAGUCUGGCUACUUUGGCAUUCAGUAUCCAUAUGUUGUAGUUCUACAUUUUUAAGAAUCUGAAAGUGUUUUACAGUUUUUCUUUUGAAUAGGGAGAAUGUAUUUAGAAUAUCUUCACAUUUUAUUGUACCUUAUGAAGUGGACUUUGCCAAAAUAAUUAACAUUGAUGAGCACCCAGGAAAAGAACAAAAGUAGAGCCAUUGCUGUUCACUGCAGUAAUUGCUGUCCUUGGGUGUUCAGGAGCUGCAUUUUGUAAGAUGUUAGUACUGCUGAUAACUUGUGCUUUUACAUAGACAUUGUAAAAUCUGAAGACAACAUGCCUUUGCGUAACCUGUUCAUUUGGUGAUAUGAUUAUUGCAAGAUAUAUUGCUGACUCAAUUCUCACAUUUUUACAUGUUGACUAGAAUUCCAUGUUUGAUUAGUCCUUGGAUAAAAUGAUCCCUAAUGUUUGGAUGAAUAUGCUUUUUCUUAUAAAUUACUGGAAUUUUGAGCCAGUCUAACUGGAAAAUGUCUAACUGUUAAAACCCAAGUAUCCUGUAAGAAGAAGGCAUCUUAGAUUAAAUAAUACAAAUGAAUCAAGAAACAUUACCUCAGAAUUUUUUUAUUAAAAUACUUGAUUUUAUGCAGUGUUUUUAAUAAGAGCUUGUUUCGGCUCCGGUUCUUUACAAAACUGUCUAUUUUUAGGUACUUGGUUAAAAAUAAGAUUUUUUGUGUCAACGUAAUGACAAGUGGAAUGGCUUGUAAACCAAACUGUCUACGCAAUAACUUAUUGGUUAGCUUUGAAUGUUGAAAUAACUACUGAAUCUUCAAUCUUUAUUAUAUAAAGCCAACUAGUCUCAAAUAAUGCUUGAAAAUCAGUUAUUUUGCUGUCUCAUGUAGGUAUAAUAUCAGAUUGUAUUAAAGUAAUGGAAAGUGUUCCCUGUGCAAGAGAUUUGCUUUCCUGGUACUAUGAUAAAAUCAAACAGUUGCCAAAACUUCCUUGAUUGUGAAGUUAAGUGUGUGCUGAAUGUUGUCAGCAUUGUGUCGUUCUGAUUACUUUUUCUUUCUUUUUUAAAACAGUAUUGCAUAGUAAACUCCUGUGUUCAGAACUAAAA